AUGACGCACAUUGUCGCUGCCGUGAAGCGGCACCUGCGUGUCAGCCGUGAUACACACUCCGUAGAUGCGCUCCGAGGUGCGUGGGAGACAUUGCAGCAAUUUAAAACGGGUGCGGUGCCCAGCACGGUGUCUGGGUUAAAUGUAUCCAACGAACUCUAUGUACUGUGUUGCGAAGCGGCGAUGAAGUUGGGCGAGUGGGUCGUGGCGGAGCAGUGCCUGAAGGUUUUUGCGGGAAAAAGAACACCGACAAAGGCAUUGGAGGCACGCGCCCUCUACUGUGACGGUCUUGUCGGUCUGCACAAUAUUCCCAUCACCUGUCGUGGCAGAGCAAAGGUGGCGGCACAUCUGCGGUGCGCCACUAAUAUUGUGACUGGCAUAAAAAUUGUCCUGGAGGAGUGGCCGAAGGAGGCAUAUACACUCACGACCGGCAUUGAGCACCUAUGGCUGACAAUCCGCGACCUCUUCAUCCCUGGAACGUUCGACAGUAUUGUGGAUGUUGUGGGAUUUGUUGUUGCAUUGCACGACAAACUUGUGCAGGGAGGUCCUUUCUCGCACUUGCAGUGGGUCAUGCGGUAUGCCGUGUGCCUGCGGGGCGUUGGCCGCCAUCCAGAGGCGGCAGCACAGCUCUCCACUGCGUCUGAGAUGAUUGCCAAAGUGGGAUCGGAACGGCUGCAGUUGCGUUUCUUCCGUGUUCAAAUCGCAUUUUCUGUAAAUCAGCAGAAUACUCGUCCCAAACAAGAUUACACGAAACCCGUGCUGCAGGCGCUUAGCACGGUGCAGUCAUUUUUCUGUGGUAUCACAGAUGAGAACACUUCUAGGGCGGAACUAAUUCUUGCCCAUGAUCGCCUCCUUAGUGACCCGGAGAAGAAGGAAGGGAAGUCAAAGGGUCGAAAGGCAAUGGAGACUGAAGUAACAUUUAGUGACCCCGGUAUUGUGAUGGAUGUUCUCAGUGAAGUGGUUCUUGGACUUGCGCUGUGCGGGGCAGAUGAGGUGUAUAGCGGAACUUUACCGAAGCUGCUACAGAGCGAGAGUGUGCGUCCCCGCCUGUUCGGCGAGUACGCCCAGGCCGUUUUUAGAGCCCGCGCAUGUGGUGCACUGGGAGCAGCUAAGGCCUUGGAUGCGAGCUACCUUACCAGGAGCAUGGCGGAUGCCUUGUUUAAAUGUAUUAGGGCGGUGGAGAGUACCAUGGAUAGCGCCCGCAUGAUUGAUGUCCCGUCAGAACGUUCCUACACACUUGAGAUUGGCUGUGUUAUUCUCUGGAAUCUGUGCCUCCCGCUCCUGCAGCCUGAGACACGUGGGAAGUUACGUCAUACCCUAAAGCGUAUCGCGUUGCUCUUGACUCAGUAUGGUUCUAACUUGACUGGACUCCUCGUUCAUGUGGCAUAUGAGUCUGCUUUGAUUGAGUUUGAAGAGGAUAAUUUGAAUUGUGCUAUUGAGCAGAUUGACAAAGCGCUGGCUCUAGACUACUUCGUUAUUGGUCCUGACGGUGGUAUCACAUUUCCCAUGGACUUUGCCUUGCUUUGGUUGAGACGACGAGCGGUGGUACGCAAAGCCAUUGACAGCAGUGCUUUUACCUCUCAAGAAGAUCAGGUGAUUCACUUAAUUGAGCAGGCGAGGACAGCGGCUUCUGCAUCAAACCGCCUUGUUCUUCUACAGUCAGCAGCCAAUAAACUUCCCCCACUCGGCCAUGUUAUGGAGGUCAACACCGUGGUGAAGGAGAAACCACCGACGCAACGUGAACGAUCCAAGGCUGCGAGGAUGAAGAAACACUCGUCUCCUGUUGAGCCAGUGGAGGAACAGCCGCAAGAGCCACGUGUGAUCACUAACCCCUCGGCUGCAAACAUUUACUACCUGUUGCUAAGAGAGGCUAAGGAGGUGAAAACCCCCUCAGUGAAUCCAAUCAUUGCAGCAGUAGCGAACAGCUUGACACAAGUAGAUGUUAUCAACGAAAGUGAUGCAAAAGAUUUGCUCGUCAUGAAGGCAGAGGCUCACUUGAGUAUGGCAGAGGUUUUGACGACUUCAGAGAAGAGUUCUGCUGCGACGAAACCUAAUUCCAUAGCUGACGUCAUGUCACAUAUUUCUGCAGCUGCGAAAAUUGGCGUGAAACUCUGUGCAGCUGGCUACCGUGAAGAGUGGAUCACCGUGAAUGCAUCUCUCUCAUUGAUCAAUUGGUAUGCUGAAUCCUUCCGCAAGGGGCUCUUCCUUCCGGCUGCAGCAGCCCUCAAGGAACUCUACGCUGCGCUCAACAAUAUUCACAUUGACCCUAUUAGAGAUUUUAGGCUCUGCAAUGACAUUGGUUUCGGCUACGUGAUGUCCAUGCUGCAGACGUACAUUUCAUCAAAAGGUGAAGUGAAUGGAGAGUUGAGUUGUGACUCACUCGCGGAAACUAUGCGAAAGACCUAUCUAUACCCUCUGAGCGAGGCAAACAAUGUCAUACUACGACAGGCUGCAGACGCAUGUCGUGGGAUGAUGAAUAAAUGGCAGCUGCCCUCCCACAGAAAGAAUUUCUGCUUGCUCGAUGUGUGUAUCAAUCGGUUGCUAGAGCGCAACCAAGAAGAUUCACACCAUCCGCAGGAACAGUUGCUCUUUUUACUCGGCAGACUGAAUGGUCCCAUGCCUGAUACGGACAAGCGCGGUUUAAUCAACAAGGACUGCCUGGAGUUGCUGCGGGCUGAUCCGUCGGUGGAACUCUGCGGGCGUCUCGCCACGCAUAGUAUGCAGCUCCCAGAGAAUGAGCGGGUCACGCUGGAGCUUUGCCGAAUCGCAGAUCACUUGUACCAACAUGGUAGGCUCAGUUGGGGAACCAAGGCACCCAUCAGCAAUCACACAGGUAAAGAAAAGGGUCAGCCUAUUUCUUCUUCGGCCUCAUCAGCGACGACGGCGGCUGGUGCUGCUACCGCUGGAAGCAGUAGUAAUGGUGGUGCUGGGUUGUACCCAAUACCCUCAGACGAUGAUUGGUAUUGGUACGCUGUUAUUCUACUUUAUCAAGCGACAGUGCUAGUGCGAUUAGGGAGUGGUAUUGAGCGAUCAAUGCGUAUGGAGUUGGAGAAGCGUGUUCUUGUGGCAAUCACGAAUAGCGCCAUUGCAGCUUCUCAUGGACCUCUAACAACACAGGUUUCACAAAUAUCAGAUGCCUACUCUACAUUCUGCGGUGUGGCGGACACUUUUAGUGUUUCCUCGCGUAAACUGCUGCUACCCAGUCUUCAGAUAUUGCUUUCAUCGUCGAUGCUGUCUAAGCUUCGUUUGCCAACACGGGUGCCGUCUAAUGAGGGGAACAUGGACCGUGAUAACCUGUGCACAAUUCUUACUAAAAUGGGUGUGUACUUCCUCAGUGGCCUCUCAGAGAAGGGGGCCUAUGAUGAGGGCAUCAAAACAAUGAACAAUCUCCUCAAUGUGCUCCCAGCGAAAUACCAUAAAGUCUUUAGGGGAUUUGAGGCUCAAUUCCGCUGUAACCUGGGACUCCCAACAACACAGCUGCUGAACAAGGUGAAAGGAGGCGACCCAGAGACGGAGGCAGCGGUGUGGAUUGCCAUUGCAAGGAAUGCUGCAUCUGCCGCGGAGAGUAGGAAGGGAUGGAUGCGGUCACUUGAAGUUCUUGCAAACAAACCUAUUCAAAAAGCUGAUGCUCUUCUUCAAAUGUCGGAAUGGAUGACGGCUCGAAAUGCAAUAUCAAGACGCGACCUUACGACACUAUUACUUUCAGCAUUAGAUUGCGUAGAACACUUUAACGAGCUGCAUCAGUCAACUUUGUUUACUGGAAGUCUCCAGGGGACUCCUAUGAGAAGUGUGCGGCAAACAUUGGCAUCUUCACUGGCCGGACGCACACUUACACUUUCAUACAGUGCAUCCUCGAAACCUGGGAGCCAUACAAAUGGCGGAUCCGCUGAACCACCGUCUCUACGAGAUGUUAUGAUUGCGAUACGAAUUGUUUAUUUCCUCUUCGUUGUGGCUCCAGAGACGCCGUGUGAUGGAAACUCCUUUGCUCAGAGUAAGUGGGCUUGCGCCUCCACAAUUCUCCAUUACGUCUUGUGCUUGUGGAGGAUUGUGAUGAUUCGUGUUCGAAUGCAAGAAAACAACCCAGAAGACACCUUGAAGGCUAAGCCUUUGGAGCUUCCCGAAGAUUUAUACGGAUGGCAAGGUUUUCAUGCUGAUCCACAGCACGCGGAUGCUAUACGAUUAUCGUGCUCGGAUGACGCUGCGUACAACACCGAGAGACUCUGGGGAAUGCUAUUGGAAGUAUGCGAUUUCUUCGUUAACGAGCACAUGGAGCAGUACUCAUUCAUCAUGUUUAGUUGGAUCGAAUUUUGUGCUAUUUGGAGGUACAACUUUUCCGAUACUCGUGCUGUGGCAGUUUUCCGCGCUGUUCACGCAAAGAGUCUCACAGCGUCUGCUCGAUGUGGAUGUGUGGGACUAUGUGGCGCGUACCAAGUGGAAGCACCGACUGCGGAGUACUGGUCUAAUAUUCAGGAAGUUUUGCUCGCAACAGACGCUCCACCAUCCUCGUCGCUGGGACCAGGCGGGUUGCUGGAUUUCUGUACGUUUGGGGCAAGCACAUACCACUGCGUGCUGAUUGAGGCAGAGGAACUUUUUGCACUUGGUCGUUUGCAGGAGUCAUUGGAAUGGAGCAAUAAGGUGCUACAGUGUGCGAUGCGUAUCGGCAAUACAGAGGCUAUGGUACGAUGUCGCCUGCUGGAGUUGCGAGUGAACAUUUUGAGGGGCGAAGGUGCACUAGCAGCGGAGAAUCUGCGUCGGCUAGAGGAGGAAUCUCAGGGACUUACAUUGUCGAUGUGGACGGAGCUGAACCUGACACGAUUCGAGGCCUUGCUGAGCUGCCAAAAGGUAAAUGAAGCCAUCGACCUCAUCCAGCAGUUAUUACAGGGUCUCACGUUUCGUACAGCUCGCAUCGAUGAAGGUGUGGUGAAGGACGUUGCAAACGAUGUGGUGAAAAGAUGCCACAGAAGAAUCCUCCGUGAAUGUGCUCGACGUUUCUUGCCACUUCUGGAGUUGCCAUUGCAUAGAUUCUGCUGGCCAGGCAACAGUGAAGAGGCGACCAAAAAAAUCCUGGUGAAAUGGUGCGAUCAACUGCAAGAAUUUGGGGACUGGUAUAGUAGAGUAAUUGCACUUCGUGUCAUGCAGAAUCUACGUUCAUAUGUGAAUGAGUUUCUAUUGAUUGAGGAUGCCAGCAUGGGAAAAAGACUAAUGGAGCUGUUGUACGCUGAGUACUCUGAGGCCCUCGAAGUGAUGGAGUUGAUCCGCCAGGAAAUGAACAUCAUGGUGCCUCUUUCAAUGUACACGCAAAGACUCGCCGUACAGCCAAGUAUUGCGACUGCCUUGGAUGAGGUAUUAGUCAUGCUUGCUCGAAAUUGUCUGGAACGAGAGCUCUUGAAGAAUUUUGUUUUGUUGCGCUAUCAUCAGCUGACAAUGGAGCAGCUUGGCAUCCCUACGGGGGGCCCGAAGGAGCUGGAGCCGUCUGUCCUGCAAUACAUGCAGGACCCCAAUCAAUACGAGCAGGCAAAUAAAUGUUUGGUCCAGGGUGGUGAGCCAUCGGUGGAGGUUUUCAAGAAGGAAGUAUAUGACCCAGAGAAGGAGGUGGAAUGCGCACUGAAACACUUUAAUAUUCCAGUUGUUCAUGUGGAAGGUGCGUGCAGCGCAAAUGCAGAGGCGAUGCUGUGGCGCGCGGCGCAUGGCGGUGAAGGAUACACGCCUGUUCGCAUGGAGGCUAUAAUCAGCGCCUCUUUCGCGGAAUUCUACAGGAGACUUAGGGCACUCAACCGCGCUGAUGACGAUACUGUGAUGAAGGCUACUAUACCAAUGAGUGAAGAAGUAAUGGAGGAGGUACGGUCGCGUGAACAUGAAAUACUUAGAAUGAAGUGGCAUGCUCCUAUUGUUGUACCAGAGCGUAGCACCGGUCGGAGGGCGAGCCGCAAGACGGCAGUGCCGGAGCGGCGGAAAGGGAAGAAAGAGACACCGCAUGUGGAGGAGGUAGUGCUCCCGCCAGUCAACUUAUGGAUAAACGAACACAGUAACCUCACAACAGCAAUUCAUUUGGGUGUGGCCCAUGCUCAACACUUAUUAGAUUACAAGCAGAUGGCGAGGUGCUACAUCUGCCUGGCUCACACGCUUAUGCUAUCCGAUGAGCCGUGUGCCGCUGGAACUGCCGUUGAGUUUGCUCAAGCUGCAGAGAUGUGCAAUUUCCUUAGUGACAUCCACUGCGCUCUUCUUAAGAGUUCGCCUGAAGGCACUCUCAUUCGACUGGUGGAGCGAAUGAAGAUGCAUACACCAUAUCUUUUGAACAGCGCUGUUUUUGACACGGUGCGAAACACACUGAUAAAUACCUCCAGCAUGUUGAAACGUUUUGAUCUUACUGGGGAUUGGCCAGCUGAGUCCAACACACCAAAUCCUCUCCCACCAGAUUUCUGCACCUUCACUAUUGUGCGGGAGGGGUACACACCGUACUUCCUUGUUGCUCUGCGCCGCCCUGACGGGGUGGUGUGUAGCCGCCGAGUGCAGCUCGAGAUGAAACCGCUGCUGGACUGUGGGAAUGAACUGGAUACCUUCAGGCAACUCAAAAAGGAUGAGAUCGUCAACAAGGGGUCAUCCUCCGGUGGAUCUUUGGAGGUGACGUGUGCACCCCUCCUGGAGUCCAUCAUGGAAUCAUUGGAACAUGCGGCAGCACCUUUGUGGGAAGACUUUGAUGAUGUGUUGUCGUGGCUUGCACCAACGUGCAAUAUGUUUCUCUGUCUGGACCCUGUUUUACAAUCCUUGCCGCUGGAGCAGUUGUCACCAUUUACACAAUUCUUGUCUGUUCAACGGGAACUUUCCGUUGUUAAUAUCCGGCACAAGCUGUCUCUUCGUGUGGGAAAGCCGUCGUCGUGGGGGACACUCGCCAUUGUCGACCCGUUUGGUGAACAUGAGUCGUCACUGCAGAGCCUCUUUGGUGCAGAGAGCCGCCCCAAGGCCUCCUCCGGCGUAAUUAUUUCGUCCACGAAGGAUCAGGCUGGCGUCGUUUGUAAGCCUUCGGUGUCAUAUGUGCAGCGGGCGGUGUCAUCAGGCAACUGCAGCGCCGUCUUUGUCAACAUGUGCGGCUCAGUGACAGAUAUUGUGAGACCACAGACUAUAGCGGAGAUGGCGCUAGAUCAUAUACAGGUGGCGUUUCUGACGGAGGGCACAAACGAUAGAUCCAUUCGCCGUGAGCAAAAGCAACGCACAAGCAAAACCUCUGUAAGUCUCUAUUACGAAAAGCAUUUCGUCGUGUCGCUGCUUCUUAUUGCACGCGGCGUGCAGUACCUCUCCGCAAAUAUACUUCCACUGUCACCAGAGGAGAGUGAUGCUGUCAGUAGGCGAUGCCUUCCUGUCGUUUUUGGCGGCGGUAAGGGCCUGUACGAGGCAGUACGCGGAGGCAAUGGUGAAGCGGCUGAUCCUUGCGCUUCAGCCUUUGUUUUCUACGGUCUGCCUCCUGUCGGAAAACAGAAGUAG